GAUGACGUAGCUCUCACGUGACCAAGAGCUGACGUGUGCAGAAGUCCUUCUUGUCCUGGUCGUUGUUCCCGUCUGAGUACCAGCUCCCUGUUGCCCUAAGGGCGGGCGGGCCUGCAGCAGAGGGAAGAAAGAGGAGGAAAAGGAAAUUGUCCCGGAUCCUUGCAGGUCAGUGCCUGGGAGAUUCCAUAAAGUGGGGGUGGUGGAGGGUGUAGGGCGGAGACCGUCGCAGGUCCUGAGGCGCCUCAGUCGUCUCUCCCACUCGCCGCCCGCUUUCCAAGACAUAUGUCCCGCCCGCAGACCAUUUCGAUGCUGCGAAACGUGGGUCCAAGCCUCUCCUGGGUGGUCAGUCUUUCCGUAGGUUGCGGAACAACGCCAGGCAAAAGAAGAGGAAGCAAAUUAACCCAGAUCGGUGAAGGUCGAUUUGAGGGUCUGUUGUAGCAGGUGGCACCACUUGAAACGAAGGAGGAAGUUUCCAGGGAUCAGUAGAGAUCAGAAAGAUUGUUGGGCGUGGCACACCUCUAGGGAAGGGAAGGAGGGGCACACUGCCUGUCACAAGGAGGUCCACCUCCAGAAUCAGCUGUUGUGGCCUUCAAGUGGCUGAAGAAGAGCACUCUCCAUAGGCCUGCAGCCAGGCCCACAACGCUCUCCCCUAACCCUGAGUGACUACUCUGUUCCUUGGUCCCUGCUAUUGUCAGGGACGAUUGCAUGGGCUACGCUAGGAAAGUAGGCUGGGUGACUGCAGGCCUGGUGAUUGGGGCUGGAGCCUGCUAUUGCAUCUAUAGACUGACCCGGGGAAGAAAACAGAACAAGGAGAAAAUGGCUGAGGGUGGUUCUGGGGAUGUGGAUGAUGCUGGAGACUGUGUGGGGGCCAGGUAUAAUGACUGGUCUGAUGAUGAUGAUGACAGUAAUGAGAGCAAGAGUAUAGUAUGGUACCCACCUUGGGCCAGGAUUGGGACCGAAGCUGGGACCAGAGCUAGAGCCAGAGCAAGGGCCAGGGCUACCCGGGCACGCCGGGCUGUCCAGAAACGGGCUUCCCCUAAUUCAGAUGAUACAGUGUUGUCCCCUCAAGAGCUACAAAAAGUACUUUGUUUGGUUGAGAUGUCUGAAAAGCCUUAUAUUCUUGAAGCAGCUUUAAUUGCUCUAGGUAACAAUGCUGCUUAUGCAUUUAACAGAGAUAUUAUUCGUGAUCUGGGUGGUCUCCCAAUUGUUGCAAAGAUUCUCAAUACUCGGGAUCCCAUCGUUAAGGAAAAGGCUUUAAUCGUCCUAAAUAACUUGAGUGUGAAUGCUGAAAAUCAGCGUAGGCUUAAGAUAUACAUGAAUCAAGUGUGUGAUGACACAGUCACUUCUCGCUUGAACUCAUCUGUGCAGCUGGCUGGACUCAGAUUGCUUACGAAUAUGACUGUUACUAAUGAGUAUCAGCACAUUCUUGCUAAUUCCAUUUCAGACUUCUUUCGCUUAUUUUCAGCAGGAAAUGAAGAAACUAAACUUCAGGUUUUGAAACUUCUUUUGAAUUUGGCUGAAAAUCCAGCCAUGACUAGAGAACUGCUCAGGGCCCAAGUACCAUCUUCGCUGGGUUCCCUCUUUAAUAAGAAGGAGAACAAAGAGGUUAUUCUUAAACUUCUGAUCAUUUUGGAGAACAUAAAUGACAAUUUUAAGUGGGAAGAAAACGAACCUUCUCAGAAUCAGUUUGGUGAAGGUUCACUUUUUUUCUUUUUAAAAGAAUUUCAAGUGUGUGCUGAUAAGGUUCUAGGAAUAGAAAGUCACCAUGAUUUUUUGGUGAAAGUAAAAGUUGGAAAAUUCAUGGCCAAACUGGCUGAGCAUAUGUUCCCAAAGAGCCAGGAAUAACUUCUUGACUUUGUAGUUUAGAAGCAACACACAUUGUAAACUCUUCCUUUUUGCCACCUUGUUUAUAUGGCAAAGAAUUCCUUUCAGCUGCCAAUUUUGACUAAUGAAAUGAAUAUUGUAUCAUCAUUGCUGAUAUUUAACCAAGUUGGUCUUCAGAUUUAAGCUGGGUGAAUGAAUAUCACUACUUGUUCUGAAAACAUGUUUGUUGCUUUUUAUCUUGCUGCCUAGAUUGAAAUAUUUUUACUAUUUCCUCUGCAUAAGUGACAGUGAACCAAUUCGUCAUAAGUAAGCUCCCUUCUGUCCUUUGCAUUGAUUUCAUUUGUGCAUCAUCAAUAAAGCUGUGUGUUAAUGCUGGAAAGAAAAAAAGAAGAAAGACACCAUCCUUGUCCUUUGGUUUAUAAUUUAGUUGGAGAGAUAAGAAAACAUACAAACCAAAAAAAAAAAAAACCAUCUGGAGCAUGCAUUCAUUGUCAAAUGUCUCAGAGCACAGAAGAGGCAAAGGCUUGUUGGUUACACAAGUCAGAGCUAAAGCUUCAUGGAGGAUCCAGCCAUUGAAAAUAAGUCCUGAGUCGGGUAGGGCAGUAAGGGCAUUCCAUGACACAGGAGCCUGGGGAAAUGGUAUAAAGAGGACAUUGAGACAGGACCCUUCCUAUGGCAGUCAGGAAAGCAGUCUGCUUAGAUUGGAGAGUGUGUGGAGUAGGAUUAAAUAAAUUUGGAAAGCUGGGUGAAGCCUGUUGUGAAAUGCUGUUUGAAUAUUAUCACAUUGAACACCAAGCACCACUAAAUAUUUUUGACAAGAAAAUAGUGGGAAUCCAUAUAAAUGUCCCCCUCUCUCUCCUACAGUGCAGUGUCAAGGAUGGUGUGACAAAAUGGACUCUUUGAAAUCCUGGUGGUGGUCAUUUGGUAAUACAUAUCUUUAAGCCUUAAAAUAUGUAAAUCUUUUGUCCUAAGGAAGUAACUGAAUAUUUGGCCAAAGAUUGUAUGUACAAGGCUGUUUAUAUCAGCACAGUCUAAGAUAGUACAAAUUGGGAACAACUUCAGUGUCUAGAACAGUGAAUUGGUUAAGUAAAUUUAGGAGUGUUUACACAAUAUUACAUGAAAAAUAUGCUGAUGCAAAUCUAUACUGCCAGGGAAAGAUAUUCAUCAGGCAUUAAGUGAGAAAGGUAAGUUAGAUAGCAGUAUUCAUAGUAUGAUUCCAUGUAUGGGGGGGAUAUUAAAUCAUGCUUAAAAAGACACUAAAAACUAUAAAAUUAUAUGCACCCACAUAGUAGCAGUAGGUAUCUUUGGGUGAAGGAUAUGGGAUGAUCUUUACUUUUUUUUCUUUUUAUUAAUCUAUGUGUCCUUAUUUAUCUAAAAUGAAUAUCAACUUUUAGGAAAUUUUUGAAAAAAGAAAAGUACUGGGAAUGAAGCAGGUGAUUAAUUUGAGCAUGUACUGAGGGGAAAAAUAGGUUAAAAAUGAGGAGGGUUGAAGUUUCAUUUUUGAAACGAUAGAUGAGUGGUGAGGAUGAGGCUUAUUGUAAGGAUUAAAUGAGAUGAUACAUGCAAAGUACUUGUAAUGUUAUGGCACAUAGCAGUUAAUUAAGAAAAGUGAAUAUCCUUAAGUAUCUAGAAUGCAGGAUUAAUAGUUUUUUUGGUUGACUUUGUUUUCCUGGGGCAUUCUGCCAUGUUUCAGUGUCAUUUCAUAAAUAACAACAAUAAAGGUUAACAUUUAUUAAGU